AUGACGGUCACGUCACAAGGCCCGCCGCAGAUUCGGUUCCCACGCACGCUCCGUACUGUCGGGGACCUUUAUCAGCUCUGGCGCCGCGGGUUUGCUAUGAUGCCCGCUAUUGAUCAGUUAGAGAAGCAGUGGGGCUCACAAUGGCGCCUACGUAACGAGAGACAGCUCUUCUCCAUGCGGAAGGUCGUGGUGGACGAGGUCGUACGGCUCGCCGGCGCUAGGGGGUGGCCGGAGGAGGACGCGGUUCAGGAGGUCGGGAAGCAGCGCGUUGAGGGCGGGAACCUCUCUCUAGAUGCAUUGGCAAAGCACCUAAAAGCGACCCGGAAGUUGUAG